AUGGGUUCAUCAUUCUUUCUUUGUGUGAGUGACUCGCAUUCACGCAUCCACCUAUUCGUCUCGUCUCAGAAUGACAAACCUUCCGAGCUUUCGGACACUGGAUUUUUGAAACCAAAAAAAGACGGAACCCACUCGGGGAAAAUGUUGGUUAAUGGUAAAUAUCACUAUAUUUGCAUCGUCCCCCAAGAGUGGAGCGAAUAUCACCGUUCAGAUUUAGAAAAAGUACUUCUCAAAAGUACAAAAAAUCAUUUUUACUUAAAUGGUGAAAUAAAGGGCACAAACCCUAUUUCUCAAUACAAGGUUCGUUUUAUUAUUAUCGCUCUUUAUCAAAUGGGCAAUAAAAACAAUAACAACAGCUCCCCAGUGACCGAGGUAUUCCGUUAUUUGCUUUCAAGUCUUCGAUAAGGCACGUCGUAUUUUGUUAUUCGAGUCAGUUUAACGAUGCCAUCAAUAUACACAUGUUAUUUCCCCAAGGAGUGGGCUGUUAUUGAUA